AUGGACUUGCCCGCGCCUCAAGAGGAGGCUGUUACAGUGAAAGAAGAGGAGGCUGUUACGGUGAAAGAAGAGGAGGCUGUUACAGUGAAAGAAGAGAUAGCAUCCUCUUCCUCUCUAAAAGUUUCUAUCUCAAUAAAGGUGAAGGAGGAAGACGUCUUGGGAGUGAAAGAGGAAGAGACAGAAUAUCAGAUUGACACCAGAGAGAGACAUGACUAUCGUGGAUCCUCUGGGGAGCAUCAACAACAUCCUGAUGCUGAGGCAGAGAAGAGUCUCUCCAGAUCAGAACACCAGAUGGACAACGCUAGCCCUUCCUCCCUCCCGGAGUCCUCGUGUCAUGCCUCUCCCAGUAGCACCUUACUGCUGGGUAUGAAGAGGUUGUCUGUGUUGCUGGUGGACUGCAGGAAAACAACGGGGCUGAGUGUAACUGUGAGAGGAGGAGAAGAGAAGAAAGGAUCAGAUUUGACACAUCAAAGAGAAAGACCAGACUCAGAGGAACCAGAGCCAGGGACGUCCAAACCAACAAGAAGACACCAGUGUUCCCACUGUGGAAAGUGUUUUAACCAGUUAUGGGACCUGAAAGUUCACGAGAUAAUACACACAGGGGAGAAGCCUUACCACUGCUUCCAGUGUGGCAAGUGUUUUAACCAGUUAGGGAACCUGAAACAACAUGAGAGAAUACAUACAGUUGAAAAGCCUUACCAGUGUUCCCACUGUGGAAAGUGUUUUAACCAGUUAAGGGACCUGUACCGACAUGAGAGAAUACACAAAGGGGAGAAGUCUUACCACUGCUCGCAGUGUGGAAAGAGUUUUAACGGGUCAGGGUAUCUGAAAAAGCAUGAGAGAAUACACACAGGGCAGAAGCCUUACCACUGCCCCCAGUGUGGAAAGUGUUUCAACGAGCCGGGGGAGCUGAAAUGUCACGAGAGAAUACACAGAGGGGAGAAGCGUUACCACUGCUCCCAGUGUGGAAAGGGUUUUAACAAGUUAGGGAACCUGAAACAACACGAGAGAAUACACACAGGUGAGAAGCCUUACCACUGCUCCCAGUGUGGAAAGUCAGCCCUGGAGUAA